CAGGCUGCCUUCAGGGUCUGGGUUCUGAUCCAGAUUUAGAGCUCCAGCAACGGUGAUGAUGAUGCUGCCUUCACGGUCCCUGCGUCAUCAUCAAACCAAUAUAACGGUUAAAUGAUGAAGUCUGUGUGUUUAGUCCAGGCCGAAAGACGCUUUUCUGUGCGAUGACUAAAUGUGGUCAUGGGGCGUCGGUGCUCCAGAACCGAACGGUACCGUACCGGAUCGGAUUGGAACUGGUCUGACGCGGUCCUGUUCGGGUUAUUUUGCCUGAAGAUGUGUCAGAGCCUCAUUCUGAACCAGACGGACCCAUGUGGGAGUACAGAUGCUCUUAAACCCGCCUCUUCACUCCUUCAUUUAACCGAGCUAAGCUAACUUAGCCUCCUCCUCCUCCUCCUGCUCUCGUAAAAGAAAUUCAACUUUUUAAAAAUGUUUGCAGAGUUUCUGCUUGUUUUCAUCCCGGUGUUCAGUGAUAUUUCCCUGCAUAUACAUGUUUAAGCCCCGGUUCACCAGAACGCUUUCUGGAAGUGACCUUAAGUGAAACGUUUGGCGUUUUCCUAAUGAUCGGGGGGCGGGGCUAUGUUAUCAUUUUUGAUAUGACGUCACAGUAAAGCGGGGGGCCUCCUGGUGGCCUGACAGGUGUGACACUUUGUUCAGAGAGUUGUCUCAUCAGGUCUUACCCUGUUAGAGCUUUUCUUUUUGCAGAGGCUGUGGUGUAGUGUUUGACACUGGUUUCACAACAGAAAGGUGCAGGUUUGAAUCCCAGCUUAGUGUGGUGUUUGCGUGUUCUCCUCAUGCAGGUGUGGGGUUUCUCCAACAUACCAAAAACACGCUGCAUAGGUUAAUCGGUGGGUCUGAAUUGGGCUUGUAGGUGUGAACGUGCAUGGGCGUGAGUGUGCAGCCAUGCCAGGUUAGAUCACCAAGUAACCCGUUGGGGCUUCACCCAUUCUCCAUUCUCUCCGUUUCAACCUUUGAACAGAAACCAGCAGACCUAAAACAGGUUCUAAGACAGCUUUGGUUUGGUAAAGCAUCACUGUGGAACCUUCAGAUACACUCCAGACUGUCCUUCUAACCCCAACAGCAGAGCAGCAGCUCCUCCUUGUCCUGUCCUGCAUUCGGAGGUCAUCUUUUGGGCCUGCUCCUCUCAGCGUGUGUUCUUCCGGUAGCAGGAGGUGGAUGGUUUGUUUUUGGGUUUUUUUUCUAACGUGGUCUGGAUAAAGCAGCCUCAAAACCAGUUUGAUCUUGGUUCAGUGAGAAGACGAGUGUCAAGGUUACUUGUUGGUGUGUUUGUCCUCUCUGGCAUCCGCUCCACUCACAGGGCCUCACAGGGUUUUGUCGGCUCUAAUAAUAGUGUGGAUCAGGUUCUGGCUUUUCAGGAGCCUCACAAUCUUUGUGGCUUUGGAAGAGGGAGGAGCUGGCUUUCUCCUGCUGGAGUCUGGAUACUUUUGUUCUGCUUUUCUUCUCAUUUUCUGCCACUGAUACGGCUGCUGUGUUGUAUCCGGGGUUCUCUGAAGCAGCAGAAAGUCCAUGCAGCGAUUCCGCCACUAUGAGAAUUCCUACUCCUCCUCCCCACCUCCUGCUGCUCCUGUAGAGGAGAUUCACACUGAGCAGCUGCAGGAGGAGGAGGAGGAGGAGUACACUGAGGAGGAAGAGGAAAUGCAACCUUUGAUACAGGAGUCAGGAGGCGUCACCGAGGAGGAGGUCUUGAAGGAACAGGAGGCUGAGGUCCAGGAGUCGGGUAGGGAAGAAGGAAAGACGGCGCCGGUGGAGAGCAAGAAUGGACAGAGACCAGAAGGGGAGAGGGGCGGAGCUGCCAAGUACUCCCUGUUCACGUGGUUGGCGGUCCUGGCUCUGCUGGGAGUGUGGAGCUCCAUGGCGGUGGUCUACUUGGACAUUGUGGACUAUGACAGUGUGAUUGCCAAAGCUCAGGAGUUUCGAUUGAACUUUUCUGAAGUUCUACAAGGUAAACUGAAGGCCUACGACUCAGACGGAGAUGGAGACUUCGAUGUGGAAGAUGCUAAAGUUCUGCUCGACGACAGGAAGUUAAGAGGCCACGCUGUGAGGAGAGAAAGGCUGGGAAAAGACCAGAGAAAAGACAGGAACAAGAGAGAAGUUAACUCUGCGGUGGUCAGUGAUCCAGAUGUAAGGUCCCCUGAAGUAGAAGCUGCAGGUGGAACGAACACAACCAAAGAAAAUCACCACAUAAGAGGCUCCAGGCUGCGCUCGGCUUUAAAAGAAGAGCUGAGAAUGAUCCACGAGAAAAUGGAGGCCAAGAGGAUUGCACGCAUCGCAUUGAGUGAGAUCAGAGUUCUGCUGGCUGAGGAGGAGGAGCGGAGGGAGGCUGACUGGACUCUGAAGAUGAGGAGUCUGGAGGAAGCUCAAGAGCAUCUGAGGAAAGAGAAGGAAAGGAGUGAGAGGGAGAAAGCUGAGAAUGAAAGGCUGGAAAAGGAGAAGUUGGAAAAGGAAAGGCUGGAAAAGGAGAAGUUGGAGAAGGAAAGGCUGGAAAAGGAGAGGCUGGAGAAAGAGAGGCUGGAGAAAGAGAGGCUGGAAAAGGAGAGGCUGGAAAAGGAGAGGCUGGAGAAGGAGAGGCUGGAGAAGGAGAGGCUGGAAAAGGAGAGGCUGGAAAAGGAGAGGCUGGAAAAGGAGAGGCUGGAGAAGGAGAGGCUGGAAAAGGAGAGGCUGGAGAAGGAGAGGCUGGAGAAGGAGAGGCUGGAGAAGGAGAGGCUGGAAAAGGAGAGGCUGGAGAAGGAGAGGCUGGAGAAGGAGAGGCUGGAAAAGGAGAGGCUGGAGAAGGAGAGGCUGGAAAAGGAGAGGCUGGAGAAAGAGAGGCUGGAAAAGGAGAGGCUGGAGAAGGAGAGGCUGGAAAAGGAGAGGCUGGAGAAGGAGAGGCUGGAGAAGGAGAGGCUGGAAAAGGAGAGGCUGGAGAAGGAGAGGCUGGAAAAGGAGAGGCUGGAAAAGGAGAGGCUGGAGAAGGAGAGGCUGGAGAAGGAGAGGCUGGAAAAGGAGAGGCUGGAGAAGGAGAGGCUGGAGAAGGAGAGGCUGGAGAAGGAGAGGCUGGAGAAGGAGAGGCGGGAAAAGGAGAGGCGGGAAAAGGAGAGGCGGGAAAAGGAGAGGCUGGAAAAGGAGAGGCUAGAAAAGGAGAGGCUAGAAAAGGAAAGGCUGAAGAAGUUGGAGAAUGAAAGGAUUGCAAAGGAAAGAGCUCAGAAGGAGAAAUUAGAAAAGCAGAAAUUGGAGAGGGAAAGGUUAGAAAAAGUGAAGGCAGAGAAGGAAAGGAUAGAAAAUGAGAAAGCUGCAAAAGAAAGGGCACAAAUCGAGCAACAGAAGGCUGAGAGAAAAAGGCUUGAAGAGGAAAGACUUAAAGAUAAGAUUGCCAAGGAGAAAGCUGAGAAAGAACGCCUGGAAAGAGAGAGAAUUGUUUGGGAAAGACUUGAAAAAGAAAGAAUUGCCAAAGAAAGAGCAGAAAGAGAGAGACUGGAAAAAGAAAGAAUAGCCAGAGCGAGGGCGAGAGAAGAGAGGGAAAGACUUGCUAGGGAACUACAGGAGAGAGAGCGCAUUGCAAAAGAAAGGGACAGAGUUUCCAAGGAAAGGCUAGAAAAAGAAAGAAUUGGCAAAGAAAGACUGGAAAGAGAGCGUGUCGCAAAAGAAAGGGAACAAAAUUCCAAAAUGAAGGCAGAAAAUCAAAGAAUGGAGAAAGAAAGUUUAGAAAGAGCUGCUAAAGAGAAGGAACGCAUUAACCAAGAGAGGGCGAGGGUCGCAGAAGAGAGAUCGGUCAAAGAAAAACAGAGAAUAGCUAAAGAACGGGAACAACAAAGACUAGCAACAGAAAGGUUAGAGCGGGAGAAAGCUUCCAGAGAUGAGCUGAUGAAGAAAAGGCAGAGAAUGGUUUCAGAGAAAGCCCAGUGGGAGAAGAAAGAACCGAUGAGAAAUUCCAGAGAGCAACGCUAAGAGACAUGAGACGAUGGACAGGAAAAACAAAACUUCCGAGAUGGAGAAACGAGGCUCUGUGGCUCUCAGGAGAGACGAGAAGAAAAAAUGACGAAGCCGCACAAAGUGAUGACCUCAUAGAUGGUGUUAAAGGAGAUCCACACUAAAGUAGUGUCCAAAUUCCUUCACUACUCAUUACAUGGUUCAUUAUGUAGUGCGUUCACCAAGAGCUCUCCGACUCAAAAAUCCAGUGCCCUAAAGGUUUCCAGAACCUCUGCAGUGGUUCUGUAUUGAUGCUCUCUAGAUUAGCGGAUACAAACCACAUGGCAUUGCACUUGAACAAUUUUUCAUGUCAAAAUUAUUUUUUUGGUUUAUGUCUUAUAAACCUUCCAAGUUUUUAUCAUCAGAACAGUGAAUUCAUAAAUAGUCUUAGUAAAUAGUUGAACUUAUUAGGUUUUUACUUUGGGACAUCUGUGAGGUCAUAUUACCCAUUAAAAAAAAAGUAGUGAGCAUAGUGUCUGAAUUGCAUAUAAAAUCCAGGGCACUAGAUUGUCCUGCACUAUAUUGUUUUUUAGUUGGUGAGGAGGCAGAGAAUUCAGAAAUGGCCCAAGUUUCACAGCCCAACUAUGUGUCAAUGUUCUGCUGUUGUGUAUGUGCACACCAUCUCUGUCCUUCACUUAAAAUUACUUAUGUAGGAGAACUUUCAAACCAGUUAUACAGGUCCAGUCUUAUCGUCCAUCAGACCAGAAUGACGGGAAGAACAUUUGGCUGAAAGGCUGUAAUAGGCAUCGCCACCCACACAGUGUUGAAACCUAAACAUGGAUUCAAGCGUGUAAGAAAGAAAACAGAUCACACUUUAACAGGGGCUUCAAAUCUCCUCACUUCAAGCUGCAAAACUGGUUCCAUUUGAAACCAAAUACUUAACAGAUUCUACAUAAAUGGUCUGGAGCAAAAACUUUAAUAAGUCCUAAAAUGUCAACAAACUUCCCAAAAUGUCAGAAAGACCCUCUUAAGCUGUUCCUUCACCAUUAAAACAAUAAACCAUUAAAUCUUAAUUCUAGCAUGUUAGCAUACAGCGUAUGAACUAUGCAAAUCAGAAAUUUCCUCUGAUACACAAACAAAGUUUAGAUUUGCUCUUUGGUGAAUUUCAAGACACCAAAGACACGUCCCUCUGACCUCUGAAAUAAUUAAAAUACUUUUUUACAAUGGAUUUGUGGGGGAAAUGGCAGCCAUCUUUGGAGUAUUUCAAAAUGUAAACACAGCAAAUUCAGAUGACUGAGUUUAGUUAAAUGACAUCAGGAACCUGCUAACCACAGGCUGUGCUGACAGUGUUUAUAUUCUCCUGGUUGGGUUGAUUAACUGUUUCAGUUGAUCAAGUCAAACCUUCUUUGGCACCACGGGGGGGGGGGGGGGGGUGUAAGCAGAAGGUGCUCGAGGAGACUUCCUGUUUAGAAAAGAAGUUGUCUUUGCUGUCAUAACUGCAGCCUCUGAGAAGACUUGAUAAACUGGACUGGUUUUUGUAGCAACUGCAUUAUUGGUAGAGAUUAGUUCGAGGCUGGUCAGUUAGGGGCAGGACACUCCAGGCACAGAAGCACAGACGAACUUUGAUGAAUCAGUCUUUGAAGCAUCAGGUGAAAGUAUUGAGACUAGAGUCUGGUCACACAUCACUUGUUAGCUUUUCAUCAUUGGUCCAAGUAAAGAGGUUCAGGACAAAAAACCCCACAGAUUUGGGUAGUUUUAUUUGCUUAUUUAUUAUUCCUUUGCUUCCAUUGUUUUUCUGUGACAGACAUCUACUUUGUUGUAGUUUUGAAUUUAGAUAGUAGCAAAUUUGAUUAAUCUAUAAUUUUGAUAAAUGUCGAUUUGUUAGAGGAAUUUGAAAAAGAAGGAACCAUGAGGUGUUGAGACUUGAAGCACUGAAAUAUAUUAUAACAUACUUUAAUAACGUCUGUAAACUAAGAGAAACCUCGACUGUAAGCAGGAACACUUACCUUAUAUUGAUCACGUUGAUUUGCUAGUUUGGUGCUUAGGCUGUGAUCAUACUGGCCUUUUGUGUGUUUAGAUUGUGGUGUUUUAUUUAUUUCAUUGAAGCAAGUUUGAUUAAAGCUGCAUUUUUAAAGGUUUUUUUAUGGAAUUUAUUUUAACUUGUUUCACAUAAACUGAGGGAUGAAAAAAGGCAUCAAAUGCAGCUAAAUGUUUUUCAUUUUUCUACACACAUUUUCAUGUAAAUCAGCUUUUAAUAAAUUAAUCAAUUGAUAUGAAAACAUCAAUACACCUUUUAUGGAAAAAAAAAUGUCAUCUGUAAAAAUCGGAUCUUAUUUAUUCGUGUUUAAACUUUGAAUGCUUGUUUAUUUAAUGUUAAUGAAAAGAAGAACUUGUGACUUUUCAUUAGUAUAUCCAUUCAUUUUAAGGUCCUGUAUCGUGCUUUUCUUAAGCCUUUCAGAAUAAACUAUACCCAUAUA